GGUCGUAUCACUGUUAACGAGUCUUUUUCUCAUUCUUCAUAGGAAACUAUUCAUAGCCUAUAGGUUAGACAAGAGGAUCAGAACAAGGAUGCCGGUAUUGAGAAGCAAGUAUCCAGACCUGCAGAUACCUGAUAAUAUAUCAUGGCCGGACUUCGUUCUCUCGAAGUUUGACAAUUAUGGAGACAGGACAGCAAUUGUUGACGGAGAGUCCGGAAGAUCGCUCUCGUACAGUGAAAUCAAAGACUUGACUCAUCGAUUUAGUUCUGCUUUGGCCAGAAGAGGAUUUCAGAAAGGCGAUGUGAUGGCCAUUUAUCUUCCAAAUGUGAUUGAAUAUCCAAUCAUUUUCCAUGGCGUGGCGCGGCUCGGUGGUGUCAACACUACCAUCAAUCCACAUUACUCUCCCCAGGACCUCGCUCGUCAGCUGACCAGCUCCAGGGCAAAAUACCUCAUCACCAUGCCUUCUCUUGCAGAGAGGGCUUUCAGAGCCGGCGUAUUGAAAGAACUCCGCUCUGUUAUAGUUAUUGGCAAGGCGCAAGGUUGUGAAUCGAUUGCGUCUCUGCUAUUAGACGAUGGGACAGCUUUCCCUAGCAACGUGAAAAUCAACCCAAAAGAGGAUCCAGUUUCUUUGCCUUUUUCAAGCGGCACGACUGGUAUUUCUAAGGGUGUGGUCAUCACGCAUUACAACCAGGUAGCGCAAUUAUGUUUGCUGACUAGAGAUGGUCCUUCGCCGGUAAUAAGAACAUGGUUAAAUGUGCUGCCUUUUUUUCACACGUACGGCCUUACUAUUGUCAUGGGUCUGGCCCUCUAUUCUGGUGACAAGGUGGUCAUCCUUACAAGAUUUGACCCAGAAAUAUUUCUUCGCACCAUUCAAGACUACAAGGUGGCAAUUGCUCCUCUUGUUCCUCCGUUGGUGCUAUUUUUAUCCAAACAUCCCAUGGUAGACAAAUAUGACUUAUCAAGUCUGAAGGUCAUAUCUUCUGGGGCUGCGCCUCUAGGUGGAGACCUGGAAAUGAAUGCUGCCAAGAGGAUACCAAGUGCGCCAUUAGUUCGUCAAGGUUAUGGAAUGACUGAACUGACUUGUUCAUCUCAUGGCUUUGGGUCCAGAGAAAAACAUAAGGUUGGCUCCAUAGGGCGUGUGCUUCCAAAUCUAGAAUGUAAGGUUAUUGAUCCUGGAAGUGGCAAGAUUCUAGGACCAAACCAGGACGGCGAGAUAUGCAUUAAAGGACCAAUUGUUAUGAAAGGUUAUUUGAACAACCCAGAGGCUACCGCGAGGACAAUUGACGCGGAUGGCUGGCUUCACACCGGAGACAUUGGACAUUACGAUGAAGAUGACUAUUUCUUUAUUGUUGAUAGACUCAAGGAACUCAUUAAGUACAAAGGAUUCCAGGUUCCUCCGGCGGAGCUUGAAGCAUUAUUACUUUCCCACCCAGACGUGAGAGAUGUGGCAGUCAUCGGCAUUCCCGAUCUUGUGUCGGGUGAGCUUCCGAAAGCAUUCGUGGUUCGCCGUGGAGACAUAACGUCGGAAGAACUGAAGCAGUUUGUGGCCAGUAAAGUUCCGCCAGAGAAGAAACUCCGGGGUGGGGUGGAGUUUGUAGAAAAAAUACCAAAGUCAGCCAGUGGAAAAAUACUUCGACGUCUGCUCAGAAAGCAAGAGCAACAGAAGAGUCGUCUUUGAUUGCCCGAGUUGAGCACACUUUUAUCAGUAAAACUUAUUGAUGUGGUGGGCUCCGAGAGCAGCCUGGAAGAAGCGAGUCUGAUUGAAAACCCCGAGUGGGAUCACUCGCCUUGUUCCGCUCAAUGAAAUUUUUAGUUGUGAUCUAUACCAUAUGAUUAAUGUUAUACAUGAUUUCCUUGUUUAUUUACGUCCACUUCGUCUAGGUUAAUUAAAAUGUAAUUAUUUGGC